CACACACAAACAAACCUUAUACCCAAAAGAUAACACGAGAUUCGAGAAUCCCAACAUCACCACUAGUUAACAAAAUGACUACAUCGGAAACUCUCGACUUCGUCUCGUCUACCGACGUGGGCAGACUCUCGAGAGUAGUUGUCAGCCGGGUCGAGGCUCGAUCCUUCUCCAGAGUUCGACUCAACAGCUGUAGCGAAUCGCUGAGACAGUUUGAUGACAUCUUCUCGAACCCGGACCUGCGCAGUCUCGUGAAGACAAUCAGCUACGACGUCGUUCUACCUGUCGUCAGCGACAAGCGUCUCAAAAACAAAUUCCAGAGCCGUCGCGAGGUGGCCGAAAACUCGGCCGCCUUCACGCAAGCCAUUCUCGAGCUCUUCACGCGGCUCAGUUCCUGGCAGCAGUACAAGGGCGUCGACUGGUCACUGACGGCCACCUCGCCCUCGGACGACCCAAUCCUGCGCAGCCCGGGAAUCAAGGUCAAAUACGAUCGGAACCAUUUCAAGUACAUCGGCAUCGACGACAGUGUGCUUCCGCCCGGGGGUCUCCCUUCCGUGCCCUGCAUAUCCUCCUUCAACUUCGAGAACCUCGACUGCAGCACCAGCUGCCACAGUGAUCGGAUGCUCCACCCCGAUGUCAUCUGCGCCAUCGCUAGGGCUCUUCCAUGUCUUGAGAACGCGGCUUGGGAGACCUUCAUGCCGCCCCGCCGCAUGGCCUCUCAACGACAAGAGGUUCGGGCAGCUCUUGCGCAGGUGUUCCUGCGCCCUGCAUUCCCCUCUCUCGCCUCGCUGAACAUCCGCCUUCGGGAUCAUGAUCCACGAAAUGAACUGGCCGAGCUCGAGAGCUUCGUCCAAGACGGCGCGGAAGACGACCUAAGUCUUGGGAUACGAAGAGUCUCCCAGCUCUCUACUCUUGUCACGCUGAAUCUCAACGGUAAAUGGAUUAUCUCUCCACAAGCCUUUGGUGCAUUUGGGCCCCUAGUGGCUUCCGUGUUCAUCAGCGUGUCUUCGACCACGCCGGAUGGAAAAUGGCUGCUCGACUACGAUCCCUCCGACCUCGAGGAAGACGAAGAAGACGAAGACGACGCAUAUUCAGAGUCGUGGGACUCGGCCGAAGCGGAAGAUGACGUCCUUCUAGAUCUCGAUUCAGAAAACUCGGACGUCGAGGACCGUCUUCCAGAAAAGGCAGAGGCCAUGGCCAACUUGGACCUUCCAUCGAAGGAAGUGCGCUUCAAUCCCAACUCCGAGCUGUUCACGCCACUACUAGUCUCGAUCGCAAACGCAGUAGCAAAAUCGACGUCUACUUCUCUCCGCGACGUGAGGAUGGACUUCUCCGCCGCAUUGGCAGCGUUGCACCUCAUCUACCUCGGUGUCGGCGAGCAACAGCAUCAGGGAUUUACCUACUUGAGCCGGCCAACAGUCGGGGACAAGCCCCUUGAGAGGCCAAAGUGGUACAUUGAUGGGUCUGGCGGCAUAGCCGGCAUGAAGUGGAAGGUGCCAGCUGAGUUGAGGAGAGCCAUGGAGGAGAAGGUGGGGAAGGACAAUAUUGAUGGUUACACUGAUUCCAGAACGAUUGAGAUGGAAUGAAUGUGGAAAUAAGGAUGUGCAUUUACGGCUUGGAAGCGGGAUUUCGACAGCCCCAACUCCCUCGCUGGAUGAAUAACCUGCGGAGCUGUAUCUCUCGCCGCUCAAUGGGGCUCGCCUUCCAACAUUAGUCGAAGAAGUGUUGUUCUAGCAUCUCAUCUUUUAGCCUUGGUCAGACAAGGAGCAGCAUAAGUAGGC